UAUUCGCUCAACUUCUUUUAAAACUUCUUUCAUUGAUCAAGUGCAGAAAUAUUUCUAAACCUCCUGCGUGCAACAUGCCUUUCCCCGCAACCCCUCCAGCCGAGAUGUACCUUGCAAUACAAUUGCCAAACCCGAUUAGCAUCCUCGUAAACUACCUUCUAGUGAGCCAGACUCCCAUCGAGAAACUCCGUCACUUGGUCAACGCAAGCGACGUCAACGCCAUAGUGAUGGACGAGUUCAUGACUUGGCCGCACUUCGUUCAGCCAGAUUCUCCCUUCCAUGCCUACUUCAGCCUCUUCCUGGAUAGGGGUGCGAUCCCGGCGAUAUACCUUGAAGGUCUCCGGCAGGCCAACAACUUCCUAACCGUCGCCCACGGCCUAACACUACUCAACUCCGUCGCACCAUCCGAUCCGUAUGCCUGUUUCGCGAAUGGGUUGUUCCUUACCUGUACUGAGGUGGAGAUGUUCACUUCGCCACCUUGUAGAAGAAUUGAGAAUGUAGUUUGCCUGCAAAGAUUGUCACAUCGUGGAACGAUAACAAUCCGGGAAGAAGGUUGUCGGUUGUUUAAGAAGCAUAGGAUUGAUCACUUCGACUAUUUUGAGUGGUUCAAUGAAGGAGUGGUGGAUGGAUGGCCAAAAGAAGCAUUGAUUCGAGCUCGAGAUCAAAUUGGUGAGAAAGAUAAAGUCAUCAAUCAACUAACUACCCAAUUAAUGGAACUUCGUUUGGAAUUGGAGAAGCAUGAAGUGGAGAUCUCAUCUGAAGGUAGUGAGGAUGAGAACAAUUUUGUGACUGAUCACAACGACUAUUUUGAGUGGUUCGAUAAAGGAGUGGUGGAUGGAUGGCCAAAAGAAACAUUGAUUCGAGCUCGAAAUGAAAUUCGUGAGAAAGAUAAAGUCAUCAAUCAACUAACUACUCAAUUAAUGGAACUUCGUUUGGAAUUGGAGAAGCAUGAAGUGGACAUCUCAUCUGAAGGUAGUGAGGAUGAGAACAAGUCUGUGGAAUCCGACCAUAAGAGUAGGACUGAUCACAGCGACUAUUUAGAGUGGUUCGAUAAAGGAGUGGUGGAUGGAUGGCCUAAAGAAACAUUGAUUCGCGCUCGAGAUGAAAUUCGUGAGAAAGAUAAAGUCAUCAAUCAACUAACUACUCAGUUAAUGGAACUUCGUUUGGAAUUGGAGAAGCAUGAAGUGGAGAUCUCAUCUGAAGGAAGUGAGGAUGAGAACAAGUCUGUGGAAUCCGACCAUAAGCGUAGGAAUGAUCACAACGACUAUUUUGAGUGGUUCGAUAAAGGGGUGGUGGAUGGAUGGCCAAAAGAAACAUUGAUUCGAGCUCGAGAUGAAAUUCGUGAGAAAGAUAAAAUCAUCAAUAACCUAACUACUCAUUUAAUGGAACUUCGUUUGGAAUUGGAGAAGCAUGAAGUGGAGAUCUCAUCUGAAGGUAGUGAGGAUGAGAACAAUUCUGUGACUGAUCACAUCGACUAUUUUGGGUGGUUCGAUAAAGGAGUGGUGGAUGGUUGGCCAAAAGAAACAUUGAUUCGAGCUCGAGAUGAAAUUCGUGAGAAAGAUAAAGUCAUCAUACAACUAACUACUCAGUUAAUGGAACUUCGUUUGAAAUUGGAGAAGCAUGAAGUGGAGAUCUCAUCUGAAGGUAGUGAGGAUGAGAACAAUUCUGUGACUGAUCACAGCGACUAUUUUGAGUGGUUCGAUAAAGGAGUGGUGGAUGGAUGGCCAAAAGAAACAUUGAUUCGAGCUCGAGAUGAAAUUCGUGAGAAAGAUAAAGUCAUCAAUCAUUUAACUACUCAGUUAAUGGAACUUCGUUUGGAAUUGGAGAAGCAUGAAGUGGAGAUCUCAUCUGAAGGUAGUGAGGAUGAGAACAAUUCUGUGACUGAUCACAGCGACUAUUUUGAGUGGUUCGAUAGAAAAGGGGUGGAUGGAUGGCCAAAAGAAACAUUGAUUCGAGCUCGAGAUGAAAUUCGUGAGAAAUAUAAAGUCAUCAAUCAACUAACUACUCAAUUAAUGGAACUUCGUUUGGAAUUGGAGAAGCAUGAAGUGGAGAUCUCAUCUGAAGGUAGUGAGGAUGAGAACAAUUCUGUGGAAUCCGACCAUAAGCGUAGGACUGAUCACAACGACUAUUUUGAGUGGUUCGAUAAAGGAGUGGUAGAUGGAUGGCCAAAAGAAACAUUGACUCGAGCUCGAAAUGAAAUUCGUGAGAAAGAUAAAGUCAUCAAUCAUUUAACUACUCAGUUAAUGGAACUUCGUUUGGAAUUGGAGAAGCAUGAAGUGGAGAUCUCAUCUGAAGGUAGUGAGGAUGAGAACAAUUCUGUGACUGAUCACAACGACUAUUUAGAGUGGUUCGAUAAAAAAGGGGUGGAUGGAUGGCCAAAAGAAACAUUGAUUCGAGCUCGAGAUGAAAUUCGUGAGAAAGAUAAAGUCAUCAUUCAACUAACUACUCAAUUAAUGGAACUUCGUUUGGAAUUGAAGAAGCAUGAAGUGGAGAUCUCAUCUGAAGGAGUGGUGGAUGGUUGGCCAAAAGAAACAUUGAUUCGAGCUCGAGAUGAAAUUCGUGAGAAAGAUAAAGUCAUCAUACAACUAACUACUCAGUUAAUGGAACUUCGUUUGAUAUUGGAGAAGCAUGAAGUGGAGAUCUCAUCUGAAGGUAGUGAGGAUGAGAACAAUUCUGUGACUGAUCACAGCGACUAUUUUGAGUGGUUCGAUAAAAAAGGGGUGGAUGGAUGGCCAAAAGAAACAUUGAUUCGAGCUCGAGAUGAAAUUCGUGAGAAAGAUAAAGUCAUCAAUCAACUAACUACUCAAUUAAUGGAACUUUGUUUGGAAUUGGAGAAGCAUGAAGUGGAGAUCUCAUCUGAAGGUAGUGAGGAUGAGAAGAAUUCUGUGGAAUCCGACCAUAAGCGUAGGACUGAUCACAACGACUAUUUUGAGUGGUUCGAUAAAGGAGUGGUGGAUGGAUGGCCAAAAGAAACAUUGAUUCGAGCUCGAGAUGAAAUUCGUGAGAAAGAUAAAGUCAUCAAUCAUUUAACUACUCAGUUAAUGGAACUUCGUUUGGAAUUGGAGAAGCAUGAAGUGGAGAUCUCAUCUGAAGGUAGUGAGGAUGAGAACAAUUCUGUGACUGAUCACAACGACUAUUUAGAGUGGUUCGAUAAAAAAGGGGUGGAUGGAUGGCCAAAAGAAACAUUGAUUCGAGCUCGAGAUGAAAUUCGUGAGAAAGAUAAAGUCAUCAAUCAACUAACUACUCAAUUAAUGGAACUUCGUUUGGAAUUGGAGAAGCAUGAAGUGGAGAUCUCAUCUGAAGGUAGUGAGGAUGAGAAGAAUUUUGUGGAAUCCGACCAUAAGCGUAGGACUGAUCACAACGACUAUUUUGAGUGGUUCGAUAAAGGAGUGGUGGAUGGAUGGCCAAAAGAAACAUUGAUUCGAGCUCGAAAUGAAAUUCGUGAGAAAGAUAAAGUCAUCAAUCAUUUAACUACUCAGUUAAUGGAACUUCGUUUGGAAUUGGAGAAGCAUGAAGUGGAGAUCUCAUCUGAAGGUAGUGAGGAUGAGAACAAUUCUGUGACUGAUCACAACGACUAUUUUGAGUGGUUCGAUAAAGGAGUGGUGGAUGGAUGGCCAAAAGAAACAUUGAUUCGAGCUCGAAAUGAAAUUCGUGAGAAAGAUAAAGUCAUCAAUCAUUUAACUACUCAGUUAAUGGAACUUCGUUUGGAAUUGGAGAAGCAUGAAGUGGAGAUCUCAUCUGAAGGUAGUGAGGAUGAGAACAAUUCUGUGACUGAUCACAACGACUAUUUAGAGUGGUUCGAUAAAAAAGGGGUGGAUGGAUGGCCAAAAGAAACAUUGAUUCGAGCUCGAGAUGAAAUUCGUGAGAAAGAUAAAGUCAUCAAUCAACUAACUACUCAAUUAAUGGAACUUCGUUUGGAAUUGGAGAAGCAUGAAGUGGAGAUCUCAUCUGAAGGUAGUGAGGAUGAGAAGAAUUCUGUGGAAUCCGACCAUAAGGUUGGAUGGAUGAAAAAGAUUUUGGGAAAGAUGUCUAUCUCCAAUGCAUAGGAAGGUGUGAAAUGCAUCUG